GCCGCUGAAAGAAAUGUGUAGUUGGGCUUUGUCGAAGAAACAGAGAUAUUGAUUAUUCCUUCUUCAAAGUAGAUUCUUUCCGAGCAAAGUAUGUGGUUUGCCCUCAUGGCUGUCAUUGAAUCCACUUCCAAGCGCAGAGGAGCUGACAUGUCGUGUUUGUUCGAAACCAACCGUGUUUCUUCUACAGUACAGGUCUACGCACCAGAUUCUUCAAAAAGUUUCGCUUUCUAUUGAAAAUGAUAUGCCACAAGCGAUUGAGCAGCCAUCAAUGGACAUUAGUGCUGAGCUGUCGACAGAAACUGUCAGUCAUCAUUUGCAGCCUCUUGACAGGCCUUUGGCUCAAAGAGACUCGGAUAUGGCAUCAGACAAUGAAAAUGAUUUGCCUCAAGCGAUUGAGCAGCCAUCAAUGGACAGUAGUGCCGAGCUGUUGACAGAAACUGUCGGUCAUCAUUUGCAGCCUCCAGACAGGCCUUCAUGUCAAAGAGACUCUGACAUGAAAUCAGCCAAUGAAAAUGAUUUGCCUCCAGGGAUAGAGCAGCAAUCAAUGGACAGUAGUGCCGAGCUGUUGACAGAAACUGUCGGUCAUCAUUUGCAGCCUCCAGACAGGCCUUCAUGUCAAAGAGACUCUGACAUGAAAUCAGCCAAUGAAAAUGAUUUGCCUCCAGGGAUAGAGCAGCAAUCAAUGGACAGUAGUGCUGAGCUAUCGACAGAAACUGUCGGUCAUCAUUUGCAGCCUCCUUACAAGCCUUCGGCUCAAAAGGACUCUGACAUGGAAUCAGACAAUGAUAAUGAUUUGCCUCCAGCGAUUGAGCAGCCAUCAAUGGACAGUCGUACUGAGCUGUCCACAGAAACUGUCAGUCAUCAUUUGCAGCCUCCGGACAGGUCUUCAGCUCAAAGAGACUCUGAUAUGGAAUCAGACAAUGUAGCAGCAGUACCAGCAGUGGCAGCAGUACAGCACAUCAAGGUACCACACUCGGCAGUACAGCACGUCAAGCUACCACACUCGGCAGUACAGCACCUCAAGCUACCACACUCAGCAGUACAGCACGUCAAGCUACCACACUCAGCAGUACAGCCAAUCAAGCUACCACACUCAGCAGUACAGCACGUCAAGCUACCACACUCAGCAGUACAGCACGUCAAGCUACCACAAUCAGCAGUACAGCACGUCAAGCUACCACACUCAGCAGUACAGCAUGUCAAGCUACCACACUCAGCAGUACAGCACGUCAAGCUACCACAAUCAGCAGUACAGCUCAAGCGCCAACUCGCAUCAGGCGCACGACGGCAACCUGCAUGUCGACACAAAUCCCAGAAUGCUUAUUAAAAAACCCGGGCGGUCACAUGGCACGUCCUCUCCGGCGAGGCAAUGAAGUUAUUGGUGAUUCAGAGUCUGAUGUGGGAUCAGAAAUUUGGCCAUUUCCAUUUUUAAGGUCCGGAAAUAUCCAAAUACCUGAACCAGACGAAAAGGAUGAAUUUGAAGAUUGUGAUGACGAUGUUCUGGAUCCAGAUUAUAACCCUGAAGAAGACUCGCAGGAAAGUGAUAAUGACUGUGGCAACCCGAGAGAUAACUUUGGGAAAAAGAAAUAGAAAAAGAAACAGGAGCAGAGACCAUGGUGUUGUCAAGAGCAUGCUGCAUUGCUCGAUGCAUUUUCCUCCUACCUAGUCCCGAACUGCCGGAAUCUAUCUGGGGAAAACGGGAGAUAAUGAAAGUUCAGGACAACUGCAAAGCACUUGGAAACAGAACGUGGAUGAACAUCAAGUAUCAGCUGAAAAAUAUGCAGUGUAAAAUUUGAGUGUGAUUGACACUUGAUAAAACUUAGGAGGGGCAUUUUGGAAGUUCUGAGAAUGUGUGCAUAUAUUGUUAACUACUACAGCCUACUAUCUCUUUAGACUUAGAAAAUAUCAGAAAAAUAGAUUAGCAGUCUGCACCAGCAAAGUGAUUCUAUUGUUUUCUUGAUUGGAUUAAUGACACUUUUGGGGAAAAAUGAUGUUAAAGAAAUAUUCAAUGGGACAUCAUCACAGGGGUCUUGGGUCCUGAUUCUAUUACUGUUUCCUGUCUCAUAUCAUUUGAUUAAAAUAUUUUACUGAUUGUAAAGUAUUGUGUAAGGCAACUACAAUAGCAUGUAUGUACAUUAUGUAUAUAAAAAUAUAUGUAUGAGGGUCAUUUGAAAAGUCUGCAGCAUUGCCAUAUUUGGUAAUAACUUAUCUAAAGGUAUAUAUAUACGUUUGUCUGAAAAGUCAAUCCUUUGAGCGCAUCUCCUACAGUUUUGCAUGGAUGGCUUUCAAAUUUGGAAGAGCAACUAGACAUCAUGUAAUUAAUUAUGUUUCAUCAAUAAUGUCGUAUUUUAAGCGCUGUUGCAGACUUUUCAAAUGCAAAGAAAUUCAGUGAUUUAUCCAUAACCCUAAGACUUAGGGCUUUGAUAUUUUGUGUGUGUGUUUUUUUUUAAGUUGGAUCUAUCAUUAUUUAACAUAGGCUGAUAUAGAAAGACAUUCAGCAGUUUAUCCAUAUCCCUAAGACUUGGGGCUUUGAAAUUUUUUUUAAAUUUUUUUUUAAGUUGGCUCACCCAUUUAUUUAACAAAGGCUGAUAUAGAAAGAAUAACAGCAAUUUAUCCAUAACCCAGAGACUUAAGCACAUGUUAUCAGACCUCACAGAAUUUGCCAAUGCACAUUUCACAUAGGCCUAUAAUGAAGAAUUCUGUAUUAUUUCUAUUAUGAGGCUAAGUGAUUGUUAAGUAGAAAAAAAUGCCAUGAAACUUCUGAAAAAGAACAAAUGUUUAACCCUUUAACAAUGUUUUCCUAGUAUAUAUCAAUUUUUCAAUAGUUACACUAUAUACAUGCUGCUUGAAAAUUUGCUGUACUUAUGAUACAUGUAACUUGUACUUAAGUGUUGUUCAGAUGUUGUUCCCAUUGUCCAGUCUUUUACAAUGUAAGGUAUGUUUGUACUGGUAAGAAACAUUAAGAAUUAUUAUAGACAUGUGAUGCUAGUUUCAGUAUAAUAAUAAUUUUGAAUUUUAUUUGACCAAUGAAAUAGGAACCUAAUAUGAUGAUUUUUAGCUCAUCUAUUUUUUGAAAAAAAAUUAUGAGCUAUUGUCAACACCUUGGCGUCGGUGUUGGCGUCCGGUUAAGUUUUGCGUUUAGGUCCACUUUUCUCAGAAAGUAUCAAUGCUAUAGCAUUCAAACUUGGUACACUUACUUACUAUCAUGAGGGGACUGGGCAGGCAAAGUUAGAUAACUCUGGCGUGCAUUUUGACAGAAUUAUGUGCCCUUUUUAUACUUAGAAAAUUGGAAAUUUUGGUUAAGUUUUGUGUUUAGGUCCAUUUUAUUUCUUAAUACUUGCAACACUUACUAACUAUCAUAAGGGGACUGUGCAGGCAAAGUUAUGUAACUCUGACUGGCAUUUUGACAGAAUUAUGUGCUGUUUUUAUACUUAGAAAAUUGAAAAUUUGGUUAAGUUUUGUGUUUAGGUCAACUUUAUUCCUACAGUAUCAAAGCUAUUGCUUUCAUACUUGCAACACUUAUUUACUUUCAUAAGGGGACUGUGCAGGCAAAGUUAUGUAACUCUGACUGGCAUUUGUACGGAAUUAUGGGCCCUUUAUACUUAGAAAAUUGAAAAUUUGGUUAAGUUUUGUGUUUUGGUCCACUUUACCCCUAAAGUAUCAUAGAUAUUGCUUUCAUACUUGGAACACUCGCAAACUAUCAUAAGGGUACAGUAAAAGGACAAGUUGCAUAACUCUGGUUGUCAUUUUUACGGAAUUAUGGCCCUUUUUUGACUUAGUAACUUUUAAUAUAUGGUUAAAUUUUGUGUUUCGAUCCACUUUACAACUAAAGUAUCAAGGCUAUUGCUUUCAAACUUCAAAUACAUGCUAUCAUGAGAUUACUGUACCUGGCAAGUUGAAUUUUACCUUGACCUUUGAAUGACCUUGACUCUCAAGGUCAAAUUAUUAAAUUUUGCUAAAAUUGCCAUAACUUCUUUAUUUAUGAUUAGAUUUGAUUGAUACUUUGACAAAACUAAUCUUACCUGACAUACCACAAUAGACUC